AUUUAUUACCUUUCCCUGGAAUUCUACAUGGGCCGCACGCUGCAGAACACGAUGGUGAACCUGGGCCUUCAGAAUGCAUGUGAUGAAGCCAUUUACCAGUUGGGGUUGGACCUGGAAGAACUGGAGGAGAUAGAAGAGGACGCCGGCCUGGGGAAUGGAGGCCUGGGGCGGCUGGCAGCCUGUUUCCUUGAUUCGAUGGCCACCUUGGGCCUGGCAGCAUACGGCUACGGAAUCCGCUAUGAAUUUGGGAUUUUUAACCAGAAGAUUGUCAAUGGCUGGCAGGUCGAAGAGGCUGACGACUGGUUGCGCUAUGGCAACCCCUGGGAGAAGGCCCGGCCCGAGUACAUGCUUCCUGUGCACUUCUACGGGCGAGUGGAGCACACGCCCACAGGCGUGAAGUGGCUGGACACGCAGGUGGUGCUCGCCAUGCCCUAUGACACGCCGGUGCCCGGCUACAGGAACAACACCGUCAACACCAUGAGGCUGUGGUCUGCCAAGGCGCCCAACGACUUCAAGCUGCAGGACUUCAACGUGGGAGACUACAUCGAGGCAGUCCUGGAUAGGAACUUGGCUGAGAACAUCUCCAGAGUCCUGUAUCCAAACGACAAUUUCUUCGAGGGAAAGGAGCUCCGCCUGAAGCAGGAGUACUUUGUGGUGGCCGCAACCCUCCAGGACAUCAUUCGCCGCUUCAAGUCGUCCAAGUUCGGCUGCCGAGACCCAGUGAGAACCUGUUUUGAGACGUUCCCAGACAAGGUGGCCAUCCAGCUGAACGACACCCACCCGGCCCUCUCCAUCCCUGAGCUCAUGCGGAUCCUAGUGGACGUGGAGAAGGUGGACUGGGACAAGGCCUGGGAAAUCACAAAGAAGACCUGUGCAUACACCAACCACACGGUGCUGCCCGAGGCUUUGGAGCGCUGGCCCGUGUCCAUGUUUGAGAAGCUGCUGCCACGGCACCUGGACAUAAUCUACGCCAUCAACCAGAGGCACCUGGAUCACGUGGCCGCCCUAUUUCCUGGGGACGUGGACCGCUUGAGAAGGAUGUCUGUGAUCGAGGAAGGGGACUGUAAACGUAUCAACAUGGCCCACCUGUGUGUGAUCGGCUCCCAUGCUGUCAACGGCGUGGCCAGGAUCCACUCGGAGAUUGUGAAACAGUCUGUCUUUAAGGAUUUUUAUGAGCUGGAGCCGGAGAAGUUCCAGAACAAGACAAACGGUAUCACACCCCGACGGUGGCUGCUGCUGUGCAACCCAGGACUGGCUGACGCCAUCGUGGAGAAAAUCGGGGAGGAUUUCCUGACUGACCUGAGCCAGCUGAAGAAGCUGCUGCCGCUCAUCAAUGACGAGGCGUUCAUCAGGGACGUGGCCAAAGUCAAGCAGGAAAACAAGUUGAAGUUCUCUGCCUUCCUGGAGAGGGAGUACAAGGUGAGGAUCAACCCCUCCUCCAUGUUCGACGUGCACGUGAAGAGGAUCCACGAGUACAAGCGGCAGCUGCUCAACUGCCUGCACGUGGUCACCCUGUACAACCGGAUAAAGAAAGAGCCAGCGAAGGCCUUUGUGCCCAGGACUGUUAUGAUCGGGGGCAAGGCGGCUCCUGGUUACCACAUGGCUAAGAUGAUCAUCAAGUUGGUCACGUCCAUCGGUGAUGUUGUCAAUCAUGAUCCAGUUGUGGGUGACAGGCUCAAAGUGAUCUUCCUGGAGAACUACCGAGUGUCCUUGGCCGAGAAAGUGAUCCCAGCCGCUGACCUGUCACAGCAGAUCUCCACCGCGGGCACCGAGGCUUCGGGCACAGGCAACAUGAAGUUCAUGCUCAACGGGGCGCUCACCAUCGGCACCAUGGACGGCGCCAACGUGGAGAUGGCCGAGGAGGCCGGGGCGGAGAACCUGUUCAUCUUCGGCCUGCGUGUGGAAGAUGUCGAGGCCUUGGACCAGAAAGGGUACAAUGCCAGAGAGUACUACGACCGGCUGCCCGAGCUGAGGCAGGCUGUGGACCAGAUCAGCAGUGGCUUCUUUUCUCCCAAAGAUCCAGACUGUUUCAAGGAUGUCGUGAACAUGCUGAUGUAUCACGACAGGUUCAAGGUGUUUGCAGACUAUGAAGCCUACAUGCAGUGCCAGGCCCGGGUGGACCAGCUCUACCGGAGCCCCAAGGAGUGGACCAAGAAGGUCAUUAGGAACAUCGCCUGCUCGGGCAAGUUCUCCAGUGACCGGACCAUCACGGAGUAUGCGAGGGACAUCUGGGGCGUGGAGCCCUCUGACCUGCAGAUCCCGCCCCCCAACAUCCCCAAGGACUAGGUGCCCCACCAGCCGGGGACCAACGGGCAUUUGUUUUCUUGCUGAUUUUGUACUUCGUGCCAGUUUUUAAGCACUUUGCCAGCAGCUGGUGGUCCCUCCUUUUCUGAGAGGG